AUGACUGAUGAUUCUAUUCUAUUUGCUGGAAUAAACAUCUUAUUUUUUGAAGACUUCAUGCAAUUGCCAUUUGUUUUAGACAUGACAGACAAAAUUACUUGCUUUUCUUCUUCGAUAGAUCACAAACCUUCAAAACACAUAAAGAGAAAAUGUACUGCUAAUCCUUUAUCAAUUGAAAACCAAAUAUCAGCAUUACAAUCAAGAGUUCUUGAAAAUAAUAGAAUUAAUUCUUAUGAAUGGAAAAAUGUUACUUUUCUCAUUACAAGAAAUGAUCUUUAUAUUCAACUUAAUUUCAAUGCUACAAAAGAACAUGCUUAUGAUAAUAAUCACCAUGUAAUCUAUUUUUGUGCACAAGAUUCUUAUAAUAAAAGAAUUCUUACUAGAAAUAACCAUCUCAAAUUUUUAUCAACACCUGAUACCAAAGAAAAUACACUUUGCAGUAUUUUACCUUUAUCUAUUAAUAUGAAUGUUGUUUUAACAACUAAUAUCUGUACUAAUGAUAAUCUGCAAAUGGCUCACUAG